AUGGAAGAGAUGGGUGGGGGGAGGCUGGUGGAGCCUGGUACAGGCGGGUCUAAACAAGGCUUCUGGUCUGAGGAUCGUAGCGACACAGAGCUGGUGGAGCCUGGUACAGGUGGGUCUAAACAAGGCUUCUGGUCUGAGGAUCGUAGCGACACAGAGCUGGUGGAGCCUGGUACAGGUGGGUCUAAACAAGGCUGCUGGUCUGAGGAUCGUAGCGACACAGAGCUGGUGGAGCCUGGUACAGGUGGGUCUAAACAAGGCUUCUGGUCUGAGGAUCGUAGCGACACAGAGCUGGUGGAGCCUGGUACAGGUGGGUCUAAACAAGACUGCUGGUCUGAGGAUCGUAGCGACACAGAGCUGGUGGAGCCUGGUACAGGUGGGUCUAAACAAGACUGCUGGUCUGAGGAUCGUAGCGACACAGAGAUGGUGGAGCCUGGUACCGGUGGGUCUAAACAAGGCUUCUGGUCUGAGGAUCGUAGCGACACAGAGCUGGUGGAGCCUGGUACAGGUGGGUCUAAACAAGGCUUCUGGUCUGAGGAUCGUAGCGACACAGAGCUGGUGGAGCCUGGUACAGGUGGGUCUAAACAAGACUGCUGGUCUGAGGAUCGUAGCGACACAGAGCUGGUGGAGCCUGGUACAGGUGGGUCUAAACAAGACUGCUGGUCUGAGGAUCGUAGCGACACAGAGCUGGUGGAGCCUGGUACAGGUGGGUCUAAACAAGACUGCUGGUCUGAGGAUCGUAGCGACACAGAGCUGGUGGAGCCUGGUACAGGUGGGUCUAAACAAGACUGCUGGUCUGAGGAUCGUAGCGGCACGAGUUUCAAUUGGCGUUCCACCACCAACAACAACCAGGUUAAUGGGGGCUCACACUGCGACCAGAGCAUCAACUUUCAGGGCUGGUAUCGCCUGUUCCUGGGGCACACCAGCGUUCAGAUGCCAGAGAGGUGUGUGGAGAUUAACAUGUGUGGAACCCACGCCCCCCUGUGGCUCACAGAGCCCCAUCCCCAGCUGUCAGACAGGGUGGUUCAGAGGGGCGUCUGUGGGAGCUGGUCUGGUAACUGCUGCUUGUUUAAACAACCUCCCAUCCAUGUCAAAGCCUGCUAUGGAAACUACUAUGUCUACAAGUUGGUUCCUGCAAUAAACUGCCACUUGGCCUACUGUGCAGACGUCAACACCAAGGUGUGUUCUACCUGUAGAGAUGAUGACACCUGUAGGAGUGAGGAUAAGAUCACCUGGAGGUGUGAGAGGAAAGCCCCUACACCUACACCUACACCACCUCGGAUAACUGUUACCACCACCAAUCCUCCUAUCAUGGCCCCAGAGGUGGUGUGUGGGCAGAGCAUGAUACAGGUGGGUCUAAACAGGGCUAACCUGAGGGCCGCUGGUCUGAACGCUUCCACAGCUCACCUGGCCGACUCUAGGUGCUCCGCCCACGAGGAUCGUAACGGCACGGUGUGGUACCAGGUGGAGCGCAGGGAGGGACGCUGUGGAAACACCCUGGAGACUAACACCACCCAUGCUGUCUACUCCAACAGCUUAUUUGUUUAUCCAGUAGAUGGGAGGAAUGACUCUCUCUCCCGACCCGUGAGCUUUCCUCUCUCCUGUGUCUAUCCUCUGGGGACAGAGAGCAGUCUGAAUGUGGCCAUCAGACCCUACCUACUGAAUAGUCGUGGAGCUGUUGGAGUCGGUGCCAAGGCCAGAGCCUCCAUGUUUCUGUAUCGUAACUCCAACUACACAGAGUCUUACCCAGCUGGUGAAGUCCUCCUGCCGAUUGGUUCCACUCUGCGCGUGGGCGUGUCCGUAGAGGAGUCCGGGAUGGAGCGUUUUGUUGUUGUUCUAAGGGACUGCUAUGCCAACCAAUCCCCCAACCCUGAUAAUCUCCCGCGGACCUACAUGAUUCAGGACAGGUGUCCUACAAAUCGUACCCAGGUGACCAUGGAGGAAAGCGGCUCGUCCCUCAGGGCUCGCUUCUCUGCUGCGUUGCAGGUGGACUACCGUUACUUCUUCCUGCACUGCAGCCUCAGCCUGUGUGACCAGAGGAGCUCCUCCUGCACUCCAGUGUGCUCUGGAAGGAAAUCUCGCUCUGUGUCUGAUACUGUCCUCCUCAAGCCCAUAGCCAUCGGGCCAAUCAGCUGGGCCCAGAGCCUGGAGUGAGCCUUGGGACCCCCAGCAUAUGACGGAUGGCAGGGGGCCAGAGUCUGGAGUGAGCCUUGGGACCCCCAGCAUAUGAAGGAUGGGUUCCCUCCUGCAUUACUCCCCUGAUCUCCAUCCCAACCUACAGCCCAGUGUAACUUUCAAGGGCACAGAAAUACUUUGAUUCUAGUAAUGAAUUUCUGCACUACAGUGUGAUUUCAUUGUACUGUGUAUGUUGUAUACACAUAGACUUGCAUUGUUUUAGGACUGAUCAUUUCCUCAAAUCAUUGCAAGUUCCAACCAAACCUGAGUUGCUGUGUGUGUAUGUUCAGAUUCUAAGUAAUGAAUUGAUGCACUACAGUGUGAUUUCAUUGUACUGCGUAGUUGUAUACACAUAGACUUGCAUUGUUUUAGGACUGAUCAUUUCCCCUAACCUGAGUUGCUGUGUGUGUAUGCUGUGAUUUGAUGAUGUCAAUAAAUAACUCUGUAUGAUGAUG